AUGACCAACAUCAAGAUCCAAAUCAUCUCCGACACCGUCUGUCCGUGGUGCUAUGUCGGCUACCGCCGUCUCUCGCGCGCCAUCACAACCCACAGAGCCACGUACCCGUCCGAUACCUUCACCCUCACCUGGCACGCCUUCUACCUGAACCCGUACUCCCCGCCGUAUCCCGGCACCGACAAGCGCGAGCACUACGCCUCCAAGUUCGGCGAGGACAGAGUCGCGGCCAUUUUCUCGCGCCUCGCGGCCGCGGGCGAGACCGAAGGCAUCGCGUUCAAGUUUGGAGGGAAGACGGGGAAUACCCGUGAUUCGCACCGGGUGCUUUGGUAUGCGGCCGUGAAGGAGAAGGAAGCUGGAGCUGGAGGUGGUGCGGCUGCAACUCAUGGGAAUGGGAAUGGGAGCGAGGAGAGGGUGGGUGGACUACAGACGAGGGUCGCUGAGCAGUUGUUCCGCGCCUACUUCGAGGAGGAGAAGAAUAUCACGGAUCGGAAGGUGUUGGUUGAUGCGGCGGCGGCCGGGGGAUUGGACCGCGGGGAGGUGGAGCGGUUCCUGGAGUCGGGCGAUGAAGGAGGAAAGGAAGUUGACCUCGAGGCGGAACGAGCGCGACGUCGCUUCGUGACUGGUGUGCCGUAUUUCACAGUGCAAGGCCAAUAUGGGAUCGAGGGGGCGGAUGAGCCGGAGACCUUCCUGGAGGUGUUUGAAAAAGUGAAGCAAAACUCUUAA